AUGGAUAGUCGACCGUCCGAGCCCAAAAUUGGAUCUGAAACGAGAGCUUAUCUGCUCAAAAGAACUUGCGACGAGUCUUUCACAAUUGACUUCAAAGAAUAUACGAGCAAGGAGCCGUCAGAUCCGCUGGAACAAUCGCCUCUACUUAUGGAUGUUGAAACUGCUCCUCCACGCCGUGAGCAGGAUGCUAAGCGAGAAGUAACAUGCUCAUAUCGUGCUCUUUGUGUCUCCUUCUGGAAGCUGCACCCUCAUAUGCACGUACUCGGCUUGCAGAUCGUAGGGGCCCAUGGCUUGCUCCUGAUGCUUAGCUUUGUACAGACAAUUGCUCCAGCUUGA